AUGGGUCGCCUGUACUAUGUUUUGCGUGGCAUUAGAAGAUGUCAUCCAAAUUCUGCUUCUCAGAGACUACCAAUUGCACCAGCUGAUCUGCGUAAAAUGAUAAUGUUUAUAAAAAACUCUAUGUUUUCCAACCACGACAAAGCAAUGUGGACUUGUCUUAUCUUAGUGGCAUUUUUUGGCCUGUUAAGGGUGUCAGAGUAUGUUUGCCCCACCACGUCCACUUUUGAUACAGAAACUCACCUCACACCUGCUGACAUAUCCUUUUCCACGUGUGGUUCAAAUGCUGUAAUUAACCUUAAGUGCUCUAAAACAGAUCCGUUUAGGCUAGGGUGCAAGAUUCGCUUAGCAAAAAUUGGAGGCUCUCUUUGUCCUUACAAAGCCAUUCAAAAUUACCUAGCAUUCAGAGGAACCAAACUAGGGCCCUGGUUCACGUUUAGUGACGGAAAGUUUGUUACCCGGAAGUUUGUUUCUUCAUUUCUUACAAUAAGCUUGCCUAACAAUAUUAACAUUAACACGCAUAGUUUUCGCAUUGGUGGUGCUUCGGCUGCAGCUUCCUGCGGGAUACCCGAUUCCGCUAUUAAGAUUAUUGGACGCUGGAGUAGUGAUUGCUACAGAAGGUAUAUUCACCUGUCAGACAACGCUUUGAAAGAAUGGUCUACUCGCAUAGCAGAGUUAAAUGGACUGACAAAAAUCUAG